AUGGCUACGUAUAGGACGCUUAUGUUGUUGUGCUUCUUGGCCGCACCAGCGAUUGGAGCAUGGCAGGGAGGAUUAAAUGUUCGUUUCGACAUCACAGUUGUCGGUAUUGGAGUUACGGCGUUCAUAGAACUGCCCCAGUCCAACACGACAGCGCUUGAAAAGAGCUGGGUGCAGGUGACCCGGCCUGAAGGUCCUGCCGGGUUAGCUUCACUGGUCCUAUGGUGCCCACCCACUGACUACACUGUUUGUGUGCUAAUUGAUGAUACUGGGUACAUCGCUGGUCUGCAAGUCGCUCUGGACAUAGAGAAAGUGACCGGCAACAUUUAUGACAUGAGAACACAAGGAUUCACUUACUGGACAACAAACAUGAAUGGAGAAACUAAGAAUUACUGGACUACGCAACAGUACUACAUUUCACCUGAAACGCUAGCGACUGACCCAGCUGCCAGAAUAGCGGCGCGUGACCCCAACCUGAUGCUGCAGGACCAUUCCAUCUACGUGUCUGGCCUCAACGGGGAGCUGUACGCAAUCUCCACCAAUACCAGCGACAUUGCCCACAACAGUGACUUCACGGAGCAAGCUUGCAUUCCUGGGAUGGGUGACCACUACUAUUACAAGAUGACUCCGGAACUGUCGUGCACAGAAGAUAACUUACUGCCGUGGUUCCCCUUGGUGCACUCCGAUCAGCUCAUUGGUAUCGGUAUGGUCACCUACGGCAGACACGUCGUAAGCGAGGGUGCCACGGACUGGUUCGAGACCCCCACUAGGGGUGUUAUUAUGGCUAUCGUUCCCCGAGGUCCCCAGUGCAUGUACGACAUGGCAGAUUCUCCUGGCGUGAUCACCAUGCAUACAUACUUCAUCAAACAUCCAUACGAAGUGACGUGUUAG